AUGUCACGAUUGAGACUCUAUCUACGCAUCUUCACAUGCAUCGGUCUGGCGAAUUUGGGAUAUAUACUAAUAUGGACAGCACGCGUCUAUUUCAUCGAACAGUACUACUGCCAUCAACUACAUCCCCUUGGGCCGGACGGAGUUUUACCAGUAUGUAUCAACGAUACAGACGUCCAAGCAGCACUCGCAAAAACGACCGGACUCUACGAUGCGUUAGCAUCAGUUCCAGGUCUGAUUCUGACCGCUCCCUACGCAAUGACAACCAGCAAAGACAAGAAAUGGGCAGUCAUUCGACUUGGUGUGCUCGGCCAGGUUCUUGCGGCCAUCCUCCUCAGUCUCGUCGUCAUCUGGAGUUCUGUCAUUGGGAUUUCGUGGAUUCUUCUCGCACCGCUCUUUGAUAUUUUCGGUGGGGGCAUCAUGGUGUCUCUAUCUUUGAUAUAUUCUACGCUAGCAGAGGACGUGGAUCCUGAUGAGCUUUCGGCGUUACUCUUUCGACUCAUGGCGUUUGAGAUGACGUGUGGGUUUCUAGCCACCUUGCUUGCUUCGCAGCUGCUACGAUAUAGUCCCUGGCUUUUGGUUACUAUUGGGAUCUUGACCAUUGGGCUGGGAAUCCCGAUGACUUAUCUCAGCAAGCCAGAUCGGGUGGAAAUCAGUGUCGAAGACGUCAAGGAAACCAUCGAUGGAUAUGUCGAUGAUGCUGCUGUAGAAGGCUGUGACAUUGCAGGAACGAGGGCAUCCGGAGUAUAUUCCACAGACUCACUGCAAGACCAAUGCUACGACACGAGCACGCCACUGCUUGGUCACCCCGCAAAACCACACUCAUUCUGGCAUGCGCUGGUCUAUUCCUACAAGGCAUUCUGGGAUAUCAUCAAGGGCGACGCAUUAAUGUUCAACACCGUUCUGAUUGCGUUUUUGAAUAGUUGGUCCGUUUCCAUACAAGUCAUCUUCGUACCUUGGGCAUCACAGGCAUACGCAUGGUCMGUCGCCGACAGCACGAGUCUGCAAGCGGGAUCAUUCGCCAUUUCUUCUGUGGCACUUCUCGCUUUCCGUUGGGUGGAGCAAAAAGUUCGCGGCCAUGAUGACCACCAACAACAAAUCCCGGGGACUGAACGGCGGCGGCCGGUGGAUCUCUGGGCGACCAAGACUAGWCUGAUAAUCAGCGCAGUGGGGAUUUGUGCCGUUGGUAUGUCGACGACCUCGACUUCGUAUAUUGGAGCUAUGUGUUUUUACAGUCUUGGAGCGGGCGUACGGGUUGGCUUGCAGAGUUUUGCGAGCAGUACGGUGAAUCUCAAUGGAGCUUCCUCAACCAAUUUGAAUGUGGUAUUCACUGGGAUUGCCAUGGCUAUGAGCGUGGGAGAUAUACUCGGGACGGCGUGCUGGAGUCAGGUCUUUUCGUGGCUGGCUCAGAGAGGGCAGGGGAUUUCUCCUGCUGUUGAAUACCUCUACUGUGGUUUGGUGUUGGUUGCUGCAUUGGUGAUUACAUGGCGACUGGAGGCACUCAGUGCAAGGAGGAAUGGUGGUUGA